AUGCCUCAUCGUAUCAUGCCUUCACUUCAUCCUGCUGCUCGGAUGUGCGCGCCGACGCGUGCCGCCCAAAAGCUGACGCUGAAUAGAUUCACGGCAAGGCAUGGCCGCCCGCCCCGGCGCCAGGAUGAGAUCCAGAUUGUCGGCUCGCCUCCCUCGUCUUCAGUGUGUACUGAUAUGGUGGAGCAGUUCACCGACAAGUCCGAGCACAACAAGGAAAACGAGAAAGAGGCUGAGAUCAAGGUGAUCGGCUCUCCUCCCUCAAAUUCAAUGUCUACUGCUACGGUGGAGCAGCUCACCGAC